AUGGAGCAAAUGCGCCUGCGCCAAACUGACUCCGGUUCAGAAAAGGAGGACGUCAUGGUCACUUUAUCGCUUUCCCCCGAACCAACGGCACCCCCUCGGACCCGGUCCCCUUUGGCCCGAUCCCAUCUCCGCUCUCGAUCGCUGGCGGGCAUCCCGGGUAUGCCGUCUAUGACGCGCGCCUAUUCCUCUCCAGGGCUGGACUCCCGGGGUCGGUACAUCUUUAUCAACGGUCGCGGGGCCGCCAUCGAUACAAAAAGGCUGCAGAUGCGCUCUGAAGACCACGUCGAGACUCGCAUGGGUUCCCUCAAUAUCUCCGAGACGAUCUCAGAGAACGCAACGCUGGAAACAGUCCCCCGAUCAACCUCCUCACAGUCCGGCUCUCCUGUCCUCAUGGCGCAAACGUUCCCCCGCAUUAGUCCCCCCGGUGGCUCUCCCGCACAUUCCUCCCCUGUGCUUGGCUCCAAGUACAAUGAAUCAUACCCGGUGAAUUCUGCCUCCUCGGCCUCUUCAGUCUCCAUUCCCUCAACUCCAACCAGCAUGCGCUCUCGCAGCCCCAGCAUCUCGUCCUUGGAAACAAUCCCUGAUAUUCCAGAUGCCGAAAUUGAGGCGCUGGAAGAGGAUCGCAUUGCCCAGUUGAAAGCCGCAGCAGACGCAGCCGAUGCGGCCAGUAAUGCGAACCGGCGGCGCGGAGCUUCUGAUACACCUGGCAACCUCACCACCAUGCGUGGAGGAACUGGUACAUAUGCACCCCGCAGCGAUAAGCGAAAGCGAUGGAGUGUCUGCGGUGCCGAAAGACGUCAGGAUCUCGACCUAGAGACCAUCUGGGAAGAUUGA